AUGGCUGGUCUUAUAUCGACAAUAACAAUGAUGUUUGUCUUUCUUAUUUUUUAUGGGAAUAUUGUUUCAUGUACAUCAAAUAAUACAACUCAAUUUGAUAAUUUUACUAUUGAAUGGCAAGAUUUUAAUCUAUUCAGUUGUGUUGUACCAGCAACAAUUAAUGUAUCACUAUUUACCUGUUUACCAUCAGCUAGUUACACACAAGUUGAUGACAUCACUUGUCUCAAUGUAACUCUCAUUGACUAUGAUCAAAAUAUAUGUCAAGUGACUACAGAUACAACUGUUUAUACGAUUAGUACUUCAAUAGGAACACAACAAACAACAACAUUAACAAGUACUUAUGCACAAAUAGAAACUUCAAUAAGCAUGACAACAGUUAUAACUCAAUCGAUAAUAACAACAUUGAGUAUCACAAGUAAAACUUCAGCUACUACUGAAACAACGGAUACGUUAAUAACAACAGUUGAUGCUGCUACGAAUACUCUGACAACAACAACAACCACCAUGAGUAUCACAAGUCAAGCCUCAACUCCUAAUGAAGCAACUUAUACUUCAACAACAACUGUAAUUAAUGAAACUCUUACUUCGACUACUUCUAGUGCAGUUAUUUAUUUAUCAACAACAACUGUAUCGACAACAACUGACAAAAAUACAUACAGCUGUCAGGAUAAUUCUUACAUAGGCACAUAUUGUAAUGUAUCCUCUGAUGCAUGUGCCAUGUCACAACCGUGUGAAAAUGCAGCAACUUGUAUUCCAAAUAAUACUUUAUCAUUAGGAUAUUAUUGCCAAUGUCAAAGUGAUUAUGAAGGUUAUAAUUGUCAAUAUGAUAAUAGAGUAUGCAUGGAAAGUACAUGUUGGCAUAAUGGAACUUGUAUAUCAGUUAAUUCAACUGUUGUAUCGUCAACUUAUGGGAAGAAUUUUAAAUGUGAAUGCAUUCAAGGUUAUGAUGGUGUUUAUUGUGAACUAAGCGUUGAUUUAUGUGGAAAUAUUACAUGUGAAAAUGAAGGUAUUUGUCAAACAGUUGAAUUAGUGUGGAAAUGUUUAUGUGUUAAUUCAAGAUUUUACUAUGGUGACUUUUGUCAAUUUAAAACAAGUACAUUAGUAAUUAAAGAAAUUUUAAGUAAAUCAUUUGCAUCGAUUGCAAUUGGAGCUAUUGCUACGACAUGUGCAUUUGUUAUUGUUAUGGAUGUACUUAAAUAUGUUUUUCAUAUUGAUCCAGUAGAAACUGAACGUGAUAAUUAUCGAAAACGACGUGAAGAACAAAGACGUGCAAGACAACCAAUUAAAAACAAUCAAUGGAAACUGGCAUUAAGGUUUCAAUAUGUUUCAUGA